AUGAUCCCCAUCACAGAGCUCCGAUACUUUGCUGACACCCAGCCGGCAUACCGCAUCCUGAAGCCAUGGUGGGACGUCUUCACAGACUACAUCUCCAUUGUCAUGCUCAUGAUCGCCGUGUUUGGGGGCACACUACAGGUAACCCAGGACAAGAUGAUAUGCCUGCCCUGCAAGUGGGUGGUCAACAAAUCCUGUGAGUACCUCAAUAUGAGCUUCCGUGACUCCUUUGACUCCGAGCCAAAAGGCAUCCAGUAUGACCUCGACCGGCACCAGUACAACUACAUUGACGCGGUCUGCUAUGAGAACAAGCUGCACUGGUUCGCCAAGUACUUUCCCUACCUGGUGCUACUGCACACCCUCAUCUUCCUGGCCUGCAGUAACUUCUGGUUCAAGUUCCCCCGGACUAGCUCCAAACUGGAGCACUUUGUGUCCAUCCUGCUCAAGUGUUUUGACUCGCCCUGGACCACCAGGGCUCUGUCUGAGACGGUAGUGGAGGAGAGCGACCCCAAGCCUCUGGGGAAGAUGAACGGUACCAUGGACAAGAAGGCGUCAUGCAUCAGCGAGGAUGUGGAGGCCAGCGAGCCCAUGCUCCAAAGGACCAAGUCCCGCAUCGAGCAGGGCAUUGUUGACCGCUCCGACACAGGUGUCCUGGAUAAGAAGGAAGGCGAGCAGGCCAAAGCUCUGUUCGAGAAGGUCAAGAAGUUCCGGAUCCACGUCGAAGAAGGGGACAUCGUCUACCGGCUCUACAUCCGCCAGACCAUCAUCAAAGUCAUAAAGUUCAUCCUGAUCAUCUGCUACACGGCCUACUAUGUGCACUACAUCAAGUUCAGUGUGAUCUGCACAGUGGACAUUGAGAAGCUGACGGGCUAUAGGAUGUACCACUGUGCUCACCCCCUGGCCACGCUCUUCAAGAUCCUGGCCUGUUUCUAUAUCAGCCUGGUAGGGAUUUACGGUCUCAUCUGCAUGUACACCCUCUGCUGGAUGCUCAGCCGCUCGCUUAAGCGCUACUCCUUUGAGUCGAUCCGCGAGGAGAGCAGGUACAGCGACAUACCCGAUGUGAAAAACGACUUUGCCUUCAUGUUGCAUAUGAUCGACCAGUAUGACCCGCUCUACUCCAAACGCUUUGCUGUCUUCCUGUCGGAGGUUAGCGAGAACAAACUGCGUCAGCUGAACCUCAACAACGAGUGGACGCUGGACAAGCUGCGGCAACGCAUCACCAAGAACUCCCAAGAGAAACUGGAGCUGCACUUGUUCAUGCUUAACGGAAUCCCUGAAACUGUGUUUGACCUAAUAGAACUGGAGGUGCUCAAGCUGGAGCUCAUCCCUGAUGUCACCAUCCCCCCCAUCAUUGCCCAGCUAGUCAGCCUGAGAGAGAUGUGGCUCUACCACACACCGGCAAAAAUUGAGGCCCCAGCUUUGGCCUUUCUGAGGGAGAACCUUAAGUCCCUCCACAUCAAGUUCACCGACAUCAAGGAGAUCCCUCUAUGGAUCUACAGCCUGAAGAACCUGAGCGAGCUGCACCUCACAGGGAACCUGAGCGCAGAGAACAACCGCUACAUUGUCAUCGACGGGCUACGAGAGCUCAAGAGGCUCAAAGUGCUCCGUCUAAAGAGUAACCUGACCAAGCUGCCUCAGGUGGUGACGGACGUUGGGGUCCACCUCCAGAAGCUGUCAAUCAACAACGAGGGAACCAAGCUGAUGGUGCUCAACAGCCUGAAGAAGAUGGUAAACCUGACAGAGCUGGAGCUGUUGCGCUGCGACCUGGAACGCAUCCCACACUCCAUUUUCAGCCUGCACAACCUGCAGGAGAUCGACCUGAAGGACAACAACCUCAAGACCAUCGAGGAGAUCAUCAGCUUCCAGCACCUGCACCGUCUGGUAAGCUUGAAGCUGUGGUACAACCAGAUCGCCUAUAUCCCCAUCCAGAUCGGCACCUUGACGAACAUGGAGAGGCUCUACCUAAACCGCAACAAGAUCGAGAAGAUCCCGGGCCAGCUCUUCUACUGCCGCAAACUACGCUUCCUGGACCUGAGUCAUAACAACCUGACUAGUAUACAUGCCGACGUGGGCUUCCUCCAGAACCUGCAGUACUUUGCUGUGACAGCCAACAGGGUGAGUAGAGAUCUAGUAUUUGAGUGUCCCUGAGAAAAUGUUCGAUACACACUUGGAACUACUUCUAUAACUAACACAGUUUUUCUUUCCUCUAUCUAGCUAUAUUUGUUAGGGCCCAGAUUAUUUCCUGGUCAGGUUAAAUGGUCAAAAAACACUUGUCUAGGCAGUUAUCUGUGUGUCACAGGAAAAUGUUAGACAUUUUGUUCUUGAAAAGGCCUACUCCCUUCUACCUUCCUCUCUUUCUUUCACAUGUGAAUGGGUCAUAGUUCACACUGGAUAAUAGGAAGGUAGGGCUUAGGAUAACUAUGAAGACAGGUAUGUGGUUAUGUUAGGGAUAAUUGCCCUAAUGAUCUUGUGUACACAUUGUAGAGUUUUGUGUAGUAGACAGAGAUGUCUCCAUAGUUCCAUUGAGGUAAAAUUAACACUUCAAUAGUUUGUUUGCCCAAUAUUCUGAGAAAGCAACAGCCUACCCUGCUAGUGCUAAUAAUAUGUUUCAAAUGAGUUCAAGAAGGGGAAAACAUUCUGACGUAUUGCACACCGUGGGUUAACAAACGCAAUGUGCCCGAGUUUUAAAAGUACACCGAUUUAAAAGUUGUAUUACGCUAAUGUGUUUGUCACUCUUCUGGCUGAAGAGAGCUUGUCUCAGGGUGAUUUUCAAGGCAAACUGUUUUGGUACUGUACUUACUUACUUUUUAGUAACUGAAAAUGUAAUAAUUUUCAAGCCAAUAUGAAGUCAAAAUGUCUGGUGAAUUAGUUUUUAGGACUAUUUAGUAUAGUCAAGCUCCUAAAACAGUGUCACUCUUUGAACAGUGUGUACUACACCCCACCCUAUUAGAUGCAACUCAUCCUUGUUAAGCAGAUAUCUGGGAAAGGUUUACUGUCUUCUGUACAGAACACCUCAGGGUGAUGCUGUCUUACAAACAAUUCACAAAACUCCUGAAUGGGUCUAAAGAGAUUAUUUACAUGAACUUUGACUUAUGUGAAUUCUUGUCUAACUAAUUUCUGACUUUUAGAGAGUUUUGAGAAUAAUGUUAGUGUAGGCUAACUCUUGUAAGUUACACUUGUAAGUGAAAGUGUAACACUAACUAAAUGUAAUGUAUCAUGUAAAUAUACAUAAUAUAUAGUAUAAUAUAAUGUAAACAUAUUACAUAAUUGAAAAUCAUAUAUUUUCAUAAUAUAAAUGUGAGGUGACUCAGCCAUAGCUCUGGCCAUUUGUGACUCACAACCUGGAUUUGGUCUUAUGUAGCAACAUACAUUUUUUUUUUUACAUUGGAUAAAAGUAGAGACUCAGAGCUACAAAAUGGAAUAUCAUACACUGCAUUUUUGAGGAACAAUGGGAAAGUAAUUCUGCUUUGAAAGUUUAUAAACUUGUAAACUCACUUUUGAGAGAAAGUUAUUUGAAUGUUUUGGUAUCUAGUGAAGAGCUCUUCUUUGUCUACACCCAUUCAGCAUCGUUCACACCCUCUUAAGCUUUAGCCCCACCCUUCUCGUUUCGCUCUCUCGCAGCGUUCAGAGCGCACACUUGACGCUCUGGCCGAUGAUUGAUUUGUUUACCUCUGGUUGCCCUUAGUUUGAAGAUGUAAUCUGGAGACAGGUGUUUUCUCCAUCUCUUUAGCUAUCAUACUCUAAUUCCACUGAUUUCAAAACUCGAUCCUCCAGAAAGUGGAGAGCAACACUUAUGUAGCUCCACUAUAUGAUACAUUUAAUAAAUAGUCGCGUUCGACAGGAUUACCAACACAGACUGACCGGCUCAAAUAGACAGAAGGCUUCUCUCGGCAUGUCCAGCCCACUCAUUAUCUCAGCCAAUCAUGGCUAGUGGGAAGGUUGCUGUCUUUUUCUGUGGCUUGACCAACAAGGCUCGUAAUUGAAUGGCUCUCCUGUGAAGUCGUGACUUGCGACAUAAGCCUAAUUUCCUGAAAUGGGUCACAUUUGUGUUUUUGCAUGGGCCAAUUUUGUGAAUUUUGCAUAAACAACACUCGGAUCACCUGACGGGCUGACUUUACAACCAAUUUGCCUGCGUUAAACACGCCGUUCAUCCAAUUGAUUUAUUUAGGAAUCGAGUUCACAGUGAGAAACAUGCUGAGGGCUUGCAAGGAAUUCUGGGAGGUUAUACAACAUUGUCCCUGUUGUGUUCUGGCGGGCAUCUGCUGUGUGUGGGAUCAAAUGGUUUCUUUAAACGAUACUAUUAUCAUGGUUUUAAGGCGAUUCCACUACAGCUGGAGCAGAAAAUAUUUUUGUUAUCUCAGAUUGUUCUGGCAAUUCUCACAUAGGAACUUCAUUGGGAGGAAAUAUGUUUAACCAAUAAGAGUCUAAGCUAUUAGCCCAUACAAAUGCAUUGAAUAACAUAUUCACUACAUGGAACAACAGAUAGUCCCCCAAAAAAAUCUAAAGGAAGUUUGUUCUGAAGUGUCUGUCCUAUAUCUGAGAGAUAUAAGAAAGAUCAGGAAACAUGUAAUUUUUGUACAUGUAUUUAACCCCUUAUUUUUGUCACUAAACAGUCUCCAAAUGUGUCCAACCCCUUCGAUUCGGUCUUAUGUUGCAAAAUAUGAAAUUGUGUUUUUUACAUUGGAUAAAAGUAGAGACUCCGAGCUAGAAAAUUGUAUAUCAUACAAUGCAGUUGAGGAACAAUGGGAAAGUAGUUCUGCUUUGAAAGUUGAUCAACUUGUAACCCCACUUUUGAGAAAAUGGCCCUUGAAUGUUUUGGUACACCUACUGGAGAGCUCUUCUUUGUCUACACACAUUCAGCAUCGUUCACACCCUCUUAAGCCUUAGUCCCACCCAUCUCUUUAAGGAUUCACAUGUGAGGCCAUGUGGUAAACACACGCUAUAUCAAAUAAAAUCUAAGUUUAUUUGUCACAUGCACAGGAUACAGAAGGUGUAAACGGUACAGUGAUAGUACUUGCAUAGUAGCAAUAUCAAAAAGUGUCCAGAUAAAAUAUUUGAUAAAUAUUCUAUCGUUAUUAGAUUAUGCUUACCCGACACACUUGUCUAAAUUGAUGGGUCAUGUGAAGGAAAUGCUAUAACCACCCCUCACACACAUCAAAUACAAUCGAUGGCCGUAAUCACCCACAGACACACCUGCUAAUUUGAUGGGUCAUGUAAUAAUCCGGCCGAAGUAGAGUCUUUUGUUUAGACAUGUAGCUAGCUAGCUAGCUAAACAAUGAACCGGCAUAACCCCAACUCAUACUACUACCAAUACAAACAUUGUCAUAGCUGUAGGAUGAAUCUGCAGGGAGCUAAAGCUAACAAACUAGGUUCAAUGUUAUCUAGCUAACAUUAGGCUAUAACUAGCAAUGCAAAUGGAUUUCUGUUUCGAAUAGUAUUACCACACAGAUCAUACAUGUAACGUUAGCUAGCAAGCCAGAAAGCUAAUGUUUGCUAGCUAACUAACAGUAUGCUUUAACUUGCGAUUAAAAAUUACUUUUUGACAAAAUUAGAAACUUAAAAUGUAGCAAUACUCUUACUCGUAUACAUGGAUGAUCGCUUCACCGCAGAAUGGAACCAUUUACAGUGGCUUGCAAAAGUAUUCACACCCCUUGGCAUUUUUCCUAUUUUGUUGCCUUACAACCUGGAAUUAAAAUGGAUUUUUAGGGGUUUGUAUCAUUUGAUUUACACAACAUGCCUACCAAUUUUUUAGAUGAAACAUAUUUCUUGUUUGUUUCACAAAAAAAACUGAACUAACUAUUCACCCUCCCCCAAAGUCAAUACUUUGUAGAGCCACCGUUUGCAGCAAUUACAGCUGCAAGUCUCUUAGGGUAUGUCUCUAUAAGCUUGGCUCAGCUUUUUGCCCAUUCUUCAAGGCAAAACUGCUCCAGCUCCUUCAAGUUGGAUGGGUUCCGCUGGUGUACAGCAAUCUUUAAGUCAUACCACAGAUUCUCAAUUGGAUUGAGGUCUGGGCUUUGACUAGGCCAUUCCAAGACAUUUAAAUGUUUCCCCUUAAACCACCCGAGUGUUGCUUUAGUAGUAUGCUUAGGGUCAUUGUCCUACUGGAAGGUGAACCUCCAUCCCAGUCUCAAAUCUCUGGAAGACUGAAACAGGUUUCCCUCAAGAAUUUCCCUGUAUUUAGCGCCAUCCAUCAUUACUUCAAUUCUGACCCGUUUCCCAGUCCCUGCCGAUGGAAAAACAUCCCCACAGCAUGAUGCUGCCACCAUGGUGUUCUCGCGGUGAUGAGAGGUAUUGGGUUUGCGCCAGACAUAGCGUUUUCCUUAAUGGCCCAAAAGCUCAAUUUUAGUCUUAUAUGACAAGAGUAAAUUCUUCCAUAUGUUUGGGGAGUCUCCCACAUGCCUUUUGGCAAACACCUAACGUGUUUGCUUAUUUUUUUCUUUAAGCAAUGGCUUUUUUCUAGCACCUCUUCCGUAAAGCCCAGCUCUGUGGAGUGUACGGCUUAAAGUGGUCCUAUGGACAGAUACUCCAAUCUCCGCUGUGGAGCUUUGCAGCUCCUUCAGGGUUAUAUUUGAUCUCUUUGUUGCCUCUCUGAUUAAUGCCCUCCUUGCCUGGUCCGUGAGUUUUGGUGGGCGGCCCUCUCUUGGCAGGUUUGUUGUGAUGCCAUAUUCUUUCAAUUUUUUAAUAAUGGAUUUAAUGGUGCUCCGUGGGAUGUUCAAAGUUUCUGAUAUUUUUUUAUAACCCAACCCUGAUCUGUACUUCUCCACAACUUUGUCCCUGACCUGUUUGGAGAGCUCCUUGGUCUUCAUGGUGCCGCUUGCUUGGUGGUGCCCCUUGCUUAGUGGUGUUGCAGACUCUGGGGCCUUUCAGAUCAUGUGACAGAUCAUGUGACACUUAGAUUGCACACAGGUGGACUUUAUUUAACUAAUUAUGUGACUUCUGAAGGUAAUUGUUUGCACCAGAUCUUAUUUAGGGGCUUCAUGACAAAGGGGGUGAAUAGAUAUGCACACACCACUUUUCCGUUAUUAAUGUUUUAGAAUUUUUUGAAACAAGUUAUUUUUUACAUUUCACUUCACCAAUUUGGACUAUUUUGUGUAUGUCCAUUACAUGAAAUCCAAAUAAAUAUCCAUUUAAAUUACAGGUUGUAAUGCAACAAAAUAGGAAAAAUGCCAAGGGGGAUGAAUACUUUUGCAAGGCACUGUAACUCCGUUUUGUUGGUAGCUACAUCUUGUUUGGCCAGCUUUGUGUUAAGUCACUCUGGUUCACACUGACCGUGGCGUGUGCAGAAAGUAGCCCUUCACUUUUUCCUACUGAUCUGUCGAUAGCACCUGCUAAAUUCAGGGCAUCAAUGUUGUUGAGAAAAGUAGCAAAACUUUUGUAGUUCUCAAUGGCUAACAUUAUAUCUUUCAAAAACAGCACGGUAGAAAGGACUGUCAACACAUACUGAACAGCUCGUGUUGUAGACAGAAGCGUGCUACAUGGCAGCCCAAUCCAAACUAAUCUCCCGGCAUGUCCAGCCCAUCCAUUAUCUCAGCCAAUCAUGGCUAGUGGGAAGGUUUCUGUCUUUUUCCAUGGCUAAACCAACUAGGCUCGUAAUUUAACAAUUUUAUUCAUAUUUAUGAAUAGAAUACAAGUUUGUUAUUAAGGUACAUGAAAGUUCACAUGUUCCAGAAGGCAUUUCUGCCAAAAAACACAUUUUGAUUAAAAAAAGAAGUUUACAUUCAAAUCCUACUUCUGUGAGGUAGUGACGUGCGACAUAUGCCUAGUUUCCUGAAACGAGUUAUACUUCCAUAAAUGUUUUCAGCUGGUGCCAGGGGACCUACAGACGAGUCUUGUGAGGCCUGUGGGCGUCCUAGAACAAAGCCAACAUGUACAUGUUCGUGAGAGUCAUCUUUCCAUAUAGGGGUCAUAAUAGUUUCUAGACUAAACCGUUCGGAUGCUACAGACGAUUUCGUGAGAAGACAGAUUUUCGGGAUGUCUCAUGGUCUGACAAACACUGCUCUAGCUCCGUCACCUUUCACCGCAGAUGUGGAAGUGUUACAUAGGAAGUGGAGUAUCCAAUGCAAAAAAACAUAUCUCUAGCUAAAACUGACAGAUUUGUAUGGGGAUUUUUUUAUUAUGCUAAUUUGAUUUCUUUGGGGGUGCAGACAUUGACCAAUCACAGCCCCCAUUUAGGAUUGCACAUUCAGCAAGUCACCAGCAGAGGGAAUUCUCUGAAUCCAUUUUUCCAUUCAAUUUUUUGUGUUGAAUAAAUGAAUGUGAAAUUUUUAUUUCAGAAUCAAGACAUACUCCAUAUUUUAUAGCACACUAUAAGUAGUAUAUUGACACCAAUAUGUUGUCUUUAUCACAUUCACAGAUCAUAGGGUCUUACAGGAGGCAUGUAUAGGUCUAAAAAGGGCCUUAAAAUGACAGUUUAAUCAUGAUUUUCUAAACAAAUUGUUUGUGAUAGCAAUGUAAAAAGCAUUCCUUCCUCCCAAUAAAAUGUAUAUGUGAGAAUUGCCAAAACAAUCUGAGAUACCAAAACUAUUUUCCGCUCCCACAACGUGGAAUCACCCUUUACUGCACUCCCUUGUCCACACUGAGAAUAGUCCUCAAACAGGGUGGUAUUCAUCCCAAAAUAGCCCCUUUUACAAGGAACCCCUCUGGUGUGUUCUGUGUUUUUACCCCCCUCUCUGGAGUCUUCGCUUUGCGAUUUGCACAUUAUCGACCUACAUGAGCUGUGUAAUUUGUAAAACGUUGUUCCCAGGUGGGCCCUAACGAGGACCCGAUGUGCGCAGCUGGACACCAAUGUGCUAAAGUGUUCUACGUUUUUGUUUUUCUAGAAGAACAACAAUGCAUGAGUAGCCCCAACCGCCUCCAGCCAUUUCACAUCUUCAGUGCAUGAAGCUAAGAAAAGCAUUUGUAAUUUGAUAAGGCUAUUUUUAGGCCCGUGAAUCAGCUUACUCUGAUCCUAAUUGGCUUAAAUUAACAAUCUAUAUAGGAUGCACUCAUUGUGCUGUUGUCCCAACAGAUGACUGAACUAUUAAUAACAGGUGUUAGUGUGGGCAUGAUGCAUAAGUCAUUAUAAAAUAUGUACAGUGCAUUCGGAAAGUAUUCAGACACCUUGAUUUUUUUCAAAAAAAAUUUACGUUAGUGUUAUUCUGCAAUGGAUUAAAGUAAUUUUUUCCUCAUCAAUCUACACACAAUACCCCAUACUGACAAAUCAAAAACAGAUUUUUAGAUUUUUUUGCAAAUGUAUAAAGAAUAAAAAACAGAUAGCUAAGUACUCAGACCCUUUGCUAUGAGACUUGAAAUUUAGCUCGGGUGCAUCCUGUUUCCAUUGAUCAUCCUUGAAAUGUUUCUACAACUUGAUUGGAGUCCACCUGUGGUAAAUUCAAUUGAUUGGACAUGAUUUGGAAAGGCACACACCUGUACACUCAGUAAAAGGUACAUGACGGAAUCCACUCCUCAGUAAAAGGUACAUGACGGCCUGCUUGGAGUUUGCCAAAAGGCACCUAAAGGACUCUGAACAUGAGAAACAAGAUUCUCUGGUCUGAUGAAACCAAGAUUGAACUCUUUGGCCUGAAUGCCAAGCGUCACGUCUGGAGGAAACCUGGCACCAUCCCUACGGUGAAGCAUGGUGAUGGCAGCAUCAUGCUGUGGGGAUGUUUUUCAGCGGCAGGGACUGGGAGACUAGUCAGGGUCGAGGGAAAGAUGAACGAAGCAAAGUACAGAGAGAUCUUUGAUGAAAACCUGCUCCAGAGUGCUCAGAACCUCAGACUGGGGCGAAGGUCACCUUCCAACAGGACAACGACCCUAAGCACACAGCCAAGACAACGCAGGAGUGGCUUCAGAACAAGUCUCUGAUUGUCCUUUAGUGGCCCAGCCUGAGCCCGGACUUGAACCUGAUCUAACAUCUCUUGAGAGACCUGAAAAUAGCUGUUCAGCGACGCUCCCCAUCCAACCUGACAGAGCUUGAGAGGAUCUGCAGAGAAGAAUGGGAUAAACUCCCCAAAUACAGGUGUGUCAAGCUUGUAGCGUCAUACCCAAGAAGACUCAAGGCUGUAAUCGCUGCCAAAGGUGCUUCAACAAAGUACUUAGUAAAGGGUCUGAAUACUUAUGUACAUGUGAUAUUUCAGUUUUUUGCAAAAAUGUCUAAACCAGUUUUUGAUUUGUCAUUAUGGGGUAUUGUGUGUAGAUUGAUGAGGGGAAUCCAAUCAAUUGAAUUUACCACAGGUUGUAGAAACAUCUCAAGGAUGAUCAAUGGAAACAGGAUGCACCUGAUCACAAUUUUGAGUCUCAUAGCAAAGGGUCUGAAUACUUAUGUAAAUAAGGUAUUUCAGUAUUUUAUUUUUAAUUAAUGUGCAAAAAUGUCUAAACCUGUUUUCGCUUUGUCAUUAUGGGGUAUUGUGUGUAGAUUGAUGAGGGGGAAAACAACAAUUUAAUCUAUUUUAGAAUAAGGCUGUAAUGUAAAAAAAAAGUAAAGGGGUCUGAAUACUUUCUGAAUGCACUGUAUGUCUGUACCUCUACCUUAAUAAUUCAUUCUAGAUUCUGGGCUAGGGUAUCAUGCCAGUCUUCGAUUGCCUCCCUGCUUUAGGGCAGAUUGUUUUGGUUUGUUUCUGAUUGGUUUAAAGUCUUAUGGGUUGGUGUGUGACUGGUUUUUGAUUGGAUAACUAAGGCGGGAACGGUAUGCACGGAUUUUCCUCUAUUUCCUCUUUUGCCAAGUCUGCUCUUAAAAAUAUAGCUGUUCACUAUGCACUGGGGAGAAGUUAAACUUUAAGCUCCUUUCACAACUUAAAGCUAGAAACUUGUACGGUAUACAUGUAUUCUUUAUAUUAAAUAAUUAGUACACAUAGUGUAUGAUUUAAACUAUACACAAAUACAAGAGCAUAAACCUUUCUCCUAUUUUUCAACUUUUAUCCUCUCUCUGUUCUCCCUCCUUGUCCCUGUCAGAUCGAAUCCCUCCCGCCGGAUCUGUUCCAGUGCAAGAAGCUGCGCACCCUUAACCUGGGCAACAACUGCCUGCAGACUCUGCCCUCGCGCUUCGGCGAGCUGACUGGCCUAACCCAGCUGGAACUACGGGGGAACCGUCUGGAGUGCCUGCCCGUGGAGCUGGGCGAGUGCAGGCUGCUGAAGAGGAGCGGCCUGGUGGUGGAGGAGGACCUCUUUAACACCCUGCCCCUCGAGGUCAAAGAGCAGUUGUGGAGGGCCGACAAAGAGCCAGUCUGA